AGUUCAUCAAUAACAGUUUAACUAGCAACUAGCACAAUCACAAGUAACUCAAGCAAAUAUGACCCAACAGUAUUAUCCUUUCAAAUGUACACCCACUGUCUACCCGGCCGAUCCCUUCGACCCCGUAGCCGAUGCCGCUACUCUAAAGAAGGCUAUGAAAGGUUUCGGUACGGACGAGAAAGCCAUCAUCGACGUCUUGGCACGCAGAGGUAUCGUUCAACGUCUCGAAAUCGCCGAAACCUUCAAAACAUCAUACGGCAAAGAUCUUGUUUCUGAAUUGAAGAGCGAAUUGGGUGGAAAAUUCGAAGAUGUUAUGGUAGCCCUUAUGACACCGCUACCACAAUUUUAUGCCAAAGAACUUCACGAUGCCGUAGCUGGAUUGGGUACUGAUGAAGAAGCCAUCAUCGAAAUAUUGUGCACUUUGUCCAAUUAUGGUAUCCGUACUAUUGCGCAGUUUUAUGAACAACUGUAUGGAAAAACUUUAGAAAAAGACUUGAAAGGAGAUACUUCCGGCCACUUUAAAAGACUGUGUAUUUCCCUAGUACAAGCCAACAGGGAUGAAAAUCAAGGUGUAAAUGAACAACAAGCUUUAGCUGAUGCCGAAGCCUUAAUUGAAGCCGGCGAAGGAAAAUGGGGCACAGAAGAAUCUAUCUUCAAUUCCAUCUUGAUCACAAGAAGCUACCAACAAUUGAGAGCCACCUUUGCCGAAUACGAGAGGUUAACAGGCAAAGAUAUUGAACAGUCGAUUAAGAAAGAAUUUUCAGGAAAUGUUGAAAAGGGAUUAUUAGGAAUUGUGAAAUGCGUGAAGAGCAAAGUCGGCUACUUCGCUGAACGUCUCCACGACGCUAUGUCUGGUUUGGGAACAAAUGACAAGACUUUAAUUCGUAUCAUUGUAUCUAGAUCUGAAAUCGAUUUAGCUGACAUCAAACAAGCCUUUUUGGAUAAAUACGGCAAGACUUUGGAAAGCUGGGUACAGGGCGAUACUUCUGGUGAUUACAAGAGAGUCCUUUUGGCCAUUUUGGACUAAUUUCCACAAUAAACCAAAAAGCACUGUAACUGUAAUCUUAAAUUCAAAUGUACGCCUUUACAUUAAAAUUUUAAAAAAUAAAUAAAAUAUAUUAGCUUUCGUCAUACUGCCAUUAGUUUAAACUCGAUUUUUGAUGUUUGAUGUAAGUCACCCAUACACUGAGAUCUAUCAUAUGUUUAAUCUGAACAUAGCCUAACUUAUGAAAAAAUGUAAAAAGUAGAGUUGCCUUGUGAAACUGACGUUUCGAUUGAGUACAAAUUACAAAAAUAUUCGAAAAUAAGUUAGACUACGAUCACAACUGACAUUUCUAUUGAAUUGGAUACAUUUCUCAGUGUACAAUAUUUUGUAAAUUUGCAGGACGAGUCUUCAAGUGAAUUAAAGUACGUUUUCAUACAGCUGAUAUGUUACGGUUAAAGAAAGUCCAAUUCACUCAGGUUGUCGACGUUCUUUCAAACUAUAAAAAGAACUUUUUUACAAUAUUUCUUUAUUAAUAUAUUAUAUACAUACCUAUUUAAUUAUUUAGUUAGGUGGCCUUAAUUGUUGAGAAUAUAUCACAGAGCUUUAUUGUAAGAGUUUUAAAAAAUCGUUGUUUCAUGUACCAAUUUUAAUGAUUAUUGUAUUUAUAAGUUUAUAUAUUGAGAGGGUGUAGGGCAUUUUCAUUCUACUACUUAAAAAAUCUUUUUAUAUAAAUUAUGUUUUCCUCAUCUUCUACAAAAGUUUAUAAACGUGCUUUUUUUGGUGCUUAACAGUAAACUAUGUUGAGAAGC